GAUCAUGGAGCAUCACCACAUGGGAGGAACAGAUCAGAGAAGGAAGUAGCUGAACUCCUCCAGAGAUCCCUUUCCCCUGUUCGAAUCACCCACGAAGAUGUGGAAGUGGCAGGGAGACUAAGUAGUCUGUGUGUUGAAGAUUACAUCCAUCCUGUUGUCCUGUUGCUGAGGUUUUUAGGCCAUUAUGCCAAGAACCUUGGGUAUGAAGUGGUGGAGAGCUUGAACAUGAGGCUUCCACCACGCCCAAGUGUUUCUAGGGGUCCACCCCUUACCUCUCCUGAGUGGAAGGAAUUUUUGGACCUGGAAGGACGUGUGACUCGUGUUGCAGAGCUGAAGCAGCGAAUCUUUCGUGGUGGGAUGGAGCCAGGGUUGAGAAAGGAAGCAUGGAAGUUUCUUCUUGGGAUGUACCCAUAUGACAGCACAGAGGAAGAACGCGAGGAGCUUCGUAAGAAGAAGGUGGAUGACUACUAUCGCAUGAAACUCCAGUGGAGGAGCAUCUCGGCUGAACAGGAGUCUCGUUUUUCUGCCCUUCGAGACCGCAAGGCCCUUGUUGAGAAGGAUGUGGAGCGGACAGACCGGACAGUUCACUUCUAUGAGGGGAAGGGGAAUGAUAAUUUGCUGAUGUUGAAGGACAUCUUAACAACGUACAUAAUGUGGAACUUUGACCUGGGCUAUGUCCAGGGAAUGUCUGACCUCCUCAGCCCCAUCCUAUUCAUCAUGGAGAAUGAAGUUGAUGCCUUCUGGUGCUUUGUGGGCUUCAUGGACAUAAUGGGCCCUAACUUUGCAAUGGACCAGUCAAAGAUCAAGGAAGACCUUGAGAAAGCACAUUUCCUGGUGGAGUCCUUGGAUCCUGACCUGGGAGAGUACCUUGAGAAGAUGGGAUCUGGGAACAUGUAUUUCUGUUUCCGCUGGCUUCUAAUCUGGUUCAAGCGAGAGUUUGAGUUUCCAGAUGUCCAACGGUUGUGGGAAGUCCUUUGGACUGGUCUUCCUACCCCCAACUUCUACCUGCUCCUCUGUGUAGCUGCAUUGUGCAUGGAGAAAGCCAUCAUCAUGGAAAACCAGUUUGGAUUCACAGAAAUUCUCAAGCAUGUGAAUGAAAUGUCAUACCGGAUCGAUGUGGAGAAGCUGCUUGCUGAAGCUGAGGGACUAUACCUGCAAGUGCAGAAUGCACAGAAUCUUCCUUCACGCAUUGCAGAGAUCCUUGGCCUUGAAAUUUCUCCUCACCAGCUGCAGAUGGUGCAUCAGUCCAACAAGACAGAAGUUAAUGGUCAGAAGAGUCCCCCAGGAGCUCCAGCUGGGGCAAUUGGAUCAAGUGAACCGGGUAACACAAGCACUGACACAGAGGCGAUGGACAGCAUCGAAGUGCUUGGCGAGUGCGAUGACGCCAUCUCACAUGUCCUUGCCUUCAAUUUCCUCUGAUUGAUGUGAUACUGAGGUCUCAAUCUUUACCACGACAAGAAUGAUCUGACUGUGCCAAAAGGACAUCAGCAGGUCUUAAGGCAAGCAGGACAAUUCAAGAUUUUUCUGAAGGAGUUGUUGGAUUCUUGUUUUUGGCAGUAUCCUGGUCUUCUAGAGAACAAGUGAAGGAACUCCUAUUCAAGUGACCUUUUAGAAAUUUGUUAUUUAAGACUUUCAUUACUUCAGGUCCAUUUUCAUCAGAUGUGCUUACAUUUGAAGGGCUGGGAGAUGAAGUUGUCUAUCUGCAAAAUGUUUCCAAAAAAUGUUUAGUUGGUUUAGUGAAAGUAGAACCUUUUUCUUUUCAUAGAAAAUGCUAGAUUUUUAAAAUUAUGUUAGAGGUGAACUUAUCUAUUGACAUAUGCAAAUUUUCCUCCCUUUUGAUGUGAUUGUCACUGGAAUAUUCACUCUUUCCGUGUGGAGCUUGGGAAAAUAAUUUUUUUGCAGAAAGACCACUUUGCCUUUCAACCCUUCAUUUUGCUUGCUUUAUGAUUAGAGGGUGGAAUUAUAUAACAAGGUAUGACUAAAACAUAGCCAAAUGUGAUAGGAAAUAUGAAAUUAUCUCUGAGCCAAUAAAUUCAGAUCAUCAUUGAGUCAAAAUGAAAAUCAGUCAUUAGGGCAAGUGCAAUUUUUUUUUUUACAUCACGCUCAAUUUUCUACUUGUAUUCACUCCAAGUAGCAGCAAGAAAAAAUCAUGAAUCUGAUAUUAAACUAAUUCUAGUGGAAAAUGUGACCAUAAUUAUACAAGUCCCUGAAUUAUAUAAGUCCCCUGACCAUAAGUCACUGAAUAAUGUCCUUGAGCAUGAAGUAUAAUGUAAUAGGCAUGGGCUCAUUUUACUACCUUUGGUGCUAGGAAUCCAUUAUGGAUGUAUGUGCAAGGGAAUAGAAAAAAAUAUGAUCUUGUGUAUAAAUCCACCUUCUAGUCAUGACUUGGUUUCCAGAUUGCAGAAAGAAAUGUGAACAUGACUCCCUCCCCUUGACUGGCAAUGAUUUGAGUUUUUCAUUCCAUGUUUAUCUUAUAUUUGCUGUUUCUCCAUGAUUCUGGAAUAUCUAAGUUCUGUCAUCAAGUAUUCUGCUCCUUGAUUUAACUGAUAAUAAUUGAAAAACUGAUGUGCACACCAAAAAUAGUUAUUUUGUCUGAAAAAAAUAGUUUUUCCAAUCCUCCUGUUUUUUGCUAUCAAUUAUAAGCUAUAAUUUCUCAAGAGGAGAUUAUGACCCAAUCCGAGCAGCACAUUCUUUCCUUUCAAUUCUUGUGAUUAUUCAUCAGUUUCCAUAUGAACAUGUGUGUCUGAUGGCAGGGACAAUGUGACAGCUUAUGAAGAGCAGGGUCUAACUAUAUGUUUACAAGUUUUACUGAGAGUGAUUUCAUUAUCUUUGUCACAUGAAGGCUGUCUACCUCUCAGAGGUAACCCAUCCAGGAAAGUUGAAGCUGUGAAAUACAUCAUGCCCAACCAUGGUAUUACUUUUGUUUGACUCUGGUCAAACUCAUAGAGCACUCCCUUGUCAAAACUCGAAAGGAUGAGUGGAAAGAUUUUGGGUGCCAAUCCAAGAGUCUGCUUGACCCCUGCUGGUCAACAUUGUGACUUGUAUUACUGUGAAGUGGAAUUCUUUCGAUGUGAGUACAAGCAUUUAUUUUUUUACCAAGAGGAAGCAUCACAUAUGACCAGUCUGGGGUUGUAUGGCUGUGUUUUUUUUCCAUUUUUGGGAUAUCUUUGGAUUUUGGUUCCUCUGCACUAUGAAUACCCACCAUUGCACUUGGUUGCUUUAGUCAUGUGAGAAAUGCCAAAAUUGCUAGUACCAAUUGCACUGAUUUGAAGUUCCAUCCUCUUGAAUUUCUGUUGUCUUUCUUUUUUUUAAGUUUAAGUCAUGGUAUUUUGUGAAGCAUUCGGGAGAAUCAUGAUGUGGGGAUCGGUCUUUCAUUGUCCCAGUUUGAAAAGGAGAAAUCUUUUCUAAAUAAAGGAAGCAUUUUAUUCUACCU